CGGUUUGGCAAAAUGUCGACAAACGUAAGACGACUACAACUCCCAACACCACGAACUACAAAUACGUAUGUACGUAAGUCCGGGAAACGGAUACACGUAAAAUAGCGGAAGAAAAUGUAUACAAUGGCAAUCUGGAAAUCAAUUAAGUUGUGAAAAAAAGAGCAUUAAUUGCCUUUCUUCAUGCCCGACACGAUACGGAAUGGCGGACAGCUAACAUUCGCUUACUCUAAAACGGCUCUCUUUAGUCACAGAAGAAGUGCUCUUUAAUGGCCAGGACACAAACAGGAGAAUGAGCUGAUGGUUGGAGGGCUUGUGGUAGAGGCUACAAAUCAAGAAAGGCUGACUGGAAGAUGCCAAGAAGAAAACAGCAGAAUCCACAACCUGUAAAGUUGGAUUCUAAAGAUGGCAUAGGCAUUAACAACACUACAGCAAACCUUACCUUUGACGGUGACUUUCUUCUGGGCCAAGACCUCGACUUCUCAGAUCCUGAUAAUGACAGCAAGAUCAUAGGCCUGGAGAAGUUUUCAGCUGAUAUCAGUCUGCCUAGCUUCCAACUGGGAGACGAAGAGAGCUCCUCCUUCAGUCGUCUCAGCAUGGAGAGUGACGCAGAUGACCUCCGUGCUGUCGAGAAUGAGCAUGAAGAGGGGACGUCUGAGCCCAACUUCCCCCCAUACCUCUCCUGUAGGGGUUGCACUCAGCUCCUGGAUGAGCCUCUGGGACCGGGCAUGGACCUGGUCGGGCCGUACUGCCUGCGCUGCUGCAAAGGGAACAUGAGUGGCGUGGUAGACAGGGCACAGCGGGGACUCUGCUCGGGCUCAGGCUCUGGCUCACAACCUGCAGGGAUUGGCACAGAGAGAAUGGGGAGCGAGGACGGGUCCCUGAAGCUCCACUCAUGCAUGCUAUGUGGCUUCUCCUCACGCUACACAAAUCACGUCAAGAGGCACAUGAAGGUUCAUAAUGGUGAGAAGCCGUACAGGUGUCCGCUGUGUUCUUAUGCCUCUGCUCAGCUGGUGAACCUACAGAGGCACUUGCGUAUCCACACCGGGGAGAAACCCUACAAAUGUGAGCACUGCACAUUUGCCUGCAGUUCCCUGGGGAACCUGAAAAGACACCAGCGUAUGCAUACGGUCACAAAUCCUGCUCAGACUAUGCAGCGACCAGCGAGUGGCCAAAGCCUCCGACGUCCUGUUGUGGGCCAGAAACGACAAGAUGUUCCCAGUGCCUCAAAUGAAGGACCUGUGAGGUCAGGAGCUAUGAGGUCAGAAGCUAUGCGAUCAGAAGCAAGUUUGAAUGUUGGAGGCGACAGCAGGUAUCUCCAAGCGUUUGCAGGCCUAAAGCCAGAGCAGCAGUCCUCUCCCCGGUCACUGGAGCAAGGGCAGGCCAGAACGCAGGCCGCAGCUCUACCCCCAUUGCUCUUUCCCUUCACCUGCCGGCUGUGUGGCCUGGCCCUGGAUGACGAGGAUGGCUCCUCUGCGCAGAUCUGCGCAAAGUGCACUCUGGAGAUGCUCACGAAAGAUACACCAGGCACUGCUAGCGAACGGGGGGACAAAGUGUACACCUGCGCCGCCUGCCCCUUCCUCACACACUACCCUAACCACCUGGCCAGGCACAUGAAGACCCACAGCGGAGAGAAGCCCUACAAGUGCCCCCAGUGUGACUACGCAUCUGCCCACUUCGACAACCUCAAGCGCCACCACCGUGUGCACACAGGCGAAAAGCCCUACAAGUGUCACCUAUGCGAUUAUGCCUGUGGGAACCUGGCAAAUCUCAAGAGGCACCAGCGGGUGCACUCGGGGGCUAAGCCUUUCCAGUGUGCCGUUUGCAACUACAGCUGCAACCAGAGCAUGAACCUAAAGCGCCACAUGCUGCGCCACACCGGCGAGAAACCUCACAAGUGCCAGGAAUGUGGCUACACCACGGGCCAUUGGGACAAUUACAAACGGCACCAAAAGAAGCACGGGCUGGCCACAGAUGGCUGGGUGAAGGUGCAGCUGCCUGAGAACGAGGAAGAGGGGGAGGAUGACGAGGAGGUGUAGCUUGGCAACAGGAGAAAUGACUAUGGUAUGACGAGAAAGAUUUGAAAUUGAGAUUGUACUGCAGAUAGCAGAUGAUGGAGAGGUGUUAUUGUACCAGCAUAAGCUUAGUCGGCUAUUCUUUUUUUUCUGUCAUUAUUUUUCAUGUUUCUUAAACAUCCAAGCUGCUACACAGAUUUGUGCACAAGUUUUAAGAUGAGUAGAACGUUUAAAUGCCUUUGAGAAGGAUUGGAUUGUGAUUAAAGACCUCCUAGAGGUCUGCUCGGAGUGCCCUUGAUUCAUUUGUCAGUGCCAAACAGACAUUAUAUACUGCUACCUUGAUGAAAUGCAAUUCAUCCUUCAGUGUUUACCUUGCAUGCCUAUUCACCAUUGCUCUCCACCGCUGCCUAUAGAACAGUCUAACUGUAAACCUUCUUUGGUUUCUCUGAGGCCUUUGCUGUCUAAAUAACGUUUUUAAACCUGCACAACACCCCUUUACAAAUAAUGUGUUUACUGUUGAUGUCAGUAUUAACUGAGUCAUGAACACUGCAGCUUUCAUUUAAGGAGAAAUUGCUGGGAAUAGUGUUGCUUUUUGUUUGUAUGUCUUAAUUGUGAUAUAGCCCAUUGUUUAGUCUGAUGUUACUUGAAGCAAAAUGAUGCAUAGUAAACAUUAGACUGUCAUGCUUAAUGUAAAGUUUUUAUUUUUGUAUGUAAUAUUUUUUGUUGUUGUUGAUGUUUUUUCAAAGAAUGUUUGGCAUGUAUUUGCCACCAGUGGCAUUAAGUUACAGAAAAUGGACCAUAAAUUCUAUAUGCAGUUUAUAACUUUCAGGUUGCCAAAAUUAUCCAAUAUUGAGAUGGAUUCUCUUCAGUGUGUGGUGCUUGAGUGUUUUCUUGUAAUUAUGCAGUGGUUUCAUAAUUGCCUUAAAUAUUCUGGAAUAAAACACUUUGUGGUGACA